UGUCCUGGAGUUAGUUAGGUUUCAUUUUCCUGUGAACGACAAAAGGAUAUAAGAAGGGCUCCAGUAAACAGCUGCCUGGCUAAAAUGGGACAGGCAGAGCCCAGGAUAAUGGCUGGGACUCAGGCCCUCGGGAAUUCCAGUGCCGGGCAGACCUGCACGCUGAUCCUGGUCUUCACCGUGCUCCUGCAUGUCCUCUGUGGGGCUGUGACUUACAUGUACUUGACAAACCAGCUGAAGCAGAUGAACAAAAAUUAAAAGCACCUGUGCAUAACGUUAUGUUAUACCCAUCUCAACCCAGAUGCAGGAAAAGUACUACAACAGUGGCAUUGCUUGUUUCCUAAGGGAAGAUGACGGUUCUGGGGACCCCAAUGAUGAAGAGAAUAUAAACAGCCCCUGCUGGCAAGCCAAGUUUCAACUGCGUCACCUUGUUAGAAAGAUGAUUUUGAAAACCUAUGAGGAAACCAUUCCUACAACUCAAGAAAGGCAACGAUUUAUUCCUGCCCCAGUAAGAGACAGCGGUUUUCCGAGAGUAGCAGCUCACAUAACUGGGACCAGACGAAGAAGCAACACGUUCCCUCUUCCACGACCCAAGAAUGAAAAGGCUUUGGGCCAGAAAAUAAACUCCUGGGAGUCAUCAAGGAAAGGACUUUCAUUCCUGAACAAUUUGCACUUGAGGAAUGGAGAACUGGUUAUCCACCAAACAGGGUUUUAUUACAUCUAUUCCCAAACAUACUUUCGAUUUCAGGAAAUUGAGGAAAUUGUGGGAACAAUUUCAGAAGAGAACAGAAAGAAAAACAAACAGAUGGUACAAUAUAUUUACAAAUACACAAGUUAUCCUGACCCUAUACUGCUGAUGAAAAGUGCUAGGAAUAGUUGUUGGUCUAAAGAUUCGGAGUAUGGACUCUAUUCCAUCUAUCAAGGGGGAAUAUUUGAGCUUAAGGAAAAUGACAGAAUUUUUGUUUCUGUAACUAAUGAGAAGUUAAUAGACAUGGACCAAGAAGCCAGUUUUUUCGGGGCCUUCUUAGUUGGCUAAGUGAUCUGCAAAGAAAAAGCAAUAACUUCAAAGUGACCCUUUUUCAGGAUGAUAUGAAGAUGUUCCAAAAAAUCUGACCGAAAAAA